AUGAAGAAACAUUGGCUGCCCUUGUGUAUGGACUUUGUGAUUGUUCUUCCAUUUUUACCCCUCCCUUCACACACACACACACAGAGACACGCUGUGAUGAGGCGUCGCACAUGCCUAUGGGACGCCGUUCAGUUUCUUUGUUUUCUUUUCUGCUCUCAUGGAACUCUUUUCCCCCUUCUCCUUCUCCCCUCCGUUGGGGAGGACCUCCUUCCCAGACAUGACACCUCCCAUUCGCUGUGGUGCUUUGACCUUAGGUGUUGGGGAACGUGUGUGGGGAGGGGAAGGAAAGUUGCGUAUAAAAGUAACAUACACAUGCAUGUACGGUUGUUUUUGUUUUUGUUUUCUAAAUAUUGCUUUGAUUGA